CACUAUAUUCUUUUCAUUGACUAUUUUUAACUUAAAAAUCAAUUUUAUACAUCAUUGUUUCCGUUUAUAUAACGCGUGAAUAUAUCCUCUAUUGUAUUCUACAACAAAAACAAUCAGAGCGCCUCGCUAUCACUAGUUUUAUUUUGAUCUCCCGGGUCCGCUAUUAGCUUUUAGCCAGUUAGCAUCAGCAAGCGUGGUUGCUGCUAACUGCGCUUACAUUGCUAAUACUCUAUUCUCACACAUUACCACUGCUGUACUCACUGUUACUUGCUUUAAUGGCGGAUGAAUGUCUCCACUCUGUGCAGCUCGAGCUCGAGGCCGUGGGGAAGCAGAUUCGCGACCUGGAACAUAGGCAGGCCCAGCUGAGAGAGCGGAGAGCCGCGCUGGAAUCAUCCCGGGCUGAUGCUCACAAGUCCGGGGCCCGGUGCACCCAGGACGCGAUCUUCCCAGAUGUCCUUCACUGCGACGCAGGGACACCACGGACUCUGGGUGCAUCCACAGCGGAGGACGCGAGCUGGGUCCCGGGCGACGACUUCUCCCCCUCCUGCCUUCGAGAUCUCCAUCCAGAACCGCUUCGCUCCCCUCCGCGAGACAGGACGCGACGCUGUGAUCAUCGGAGACUCCAUCGUCCGACACGUAAGUGCUACGUUAGCCGAAGGUAAAGUGCACACUCAUUGUUUGCCUGGUGCUCGUGUUCUCGAUGUUUCUGCGCAGAUACCCGCGAUCCUGAACGGCGAGAGCCCCAGAGCGGUCGUGCUUCACGCCGGGGUUAACGACACCACGCUGCGGCAGACGGAGACGCUGAAGAGGGACUUCAGCAGCCUGAUCGAGACGGUUCGCAGCACGACGCCCGCGGCGACGAUCGUCGUGUCAGGACCACUGCCCACGUAUCGACGAGGACACGAAAGGUUCAGUAGACUUUUUGCUUUAAAUGAAUGGUUGUUGUCAUGGUGUAAAGAACAGAAACUGCUAUUUGUUAAUAACUGGAAUCUUUUCUGGGAGCGUCCUAGACUGUUUCGCGCUGAUGGAUUACACCCCAGCAGAAUUGGAGCGGAGCUUCUCUCUGACAACAUCUCCAGGACACUUCGCUCCAUGUGACUAGUAAGACAAUUCUCAAAUAACCAUUAUGAUGAGUUUUGUUCUAACCGCUUAAAUGCUAAAGGUACUUGCGCUGUAAAACCUAUUAAGACUGUGUCUGUUCCCCGAAUAGUGAGGUCAAAAUAUAA